CUGGCUUCUGCGAUAACAAUUCCGAUAAGAUAUGGACACUCUCGGUGCAAACUCGCUGGAAUAUACACCACUUGAGCCAUUAAAAGGCUUUGCUGUUUAAAUAUUUGGAAUUAUUCGAACGACCUAAACCGACAGGUUCAGUUUAGCAUUUAAACGAAAACAUUUCGACCGCAAAUCACAAUUCGCCAAUCGAAAGCGGAAGUUAAAUAAUAAAGUGCAUUUGCUUAAUAACAAAUUGAAACAACAAUCAAACACAAAAAUUUCAAUUGAAAUUUAAAAUAUUAUUUAACAAGGCAUAAAUAAGUGAAAUUCAAAAGUUACCACCAUGAAUUGUUUAGCGGGUAUGGUUAAAUACAUCCUCUAUAUCUUCAAUUUGAUAUUUGUGAUAUGUGGCAUUCUAUUAAUCGUCCUCGGGUCUAUUAUGAUCAGCAACAUCGGCAAUAUUUCAGACUUCGAUGACGCCAUCAAUGCCGAUAUCAUCCCAAUUCUUAUAAUUGUAUUGGGAUGUGUGAUAUUUGUGAUUGCCUUCUUUGGUUGCUGCGGAGCAAUUCGCGAGAAUAUAUGCCUCACCACAACGUAUGCUGUCUUCAUGUUCAUACUUUUCUGUCUGCAAAUUGCUUUAGUUGUGUGGAUUUUUGUGCAACGUACUCAAUUCUUGAAUGACAUGGACACGGUUAUUACAACAGUCUGGAAUAAGAAUGACGCCUCCAAUGGAUAUCCCAUGGACGCUGUCCAAAUUAGUUUCAAAUGUUGCGGACUUAAUGGAUCCUUAGAUUAUACUGGCAAUAAUAAAGAUGUACCCAGUUCCUGCUGCGGUUAUAUGAAUGGACAAUGUGAUGUCAAUGUUUAUGAAUCGAAACCCGGCUGUCGGUCAGAAUUCAGAGAAUUCUGGGCAACCAACACAGAUAUAAUUCGUUAUGCCGGCAUUGGAGUAGCGUUAGUAGAGCUGAUAGCUUUUACAUUUGCAUGUUGUCUUGCGAGUAGCAUUCGCAAAUCUCGUUAAAGUCAAUAAAAGAUAGGCAUUCUAUGCCAUCGCUACCAAUCCAUCAAUAUUCCAUAA